GCUUCGAUCUUCUACGAACAUGUCGGCGGCCGUGAACGAUCCACCCAGAUCUGGUUCGCUUCACGACCAGGUCGCAAUCGAAGACCUGAAAGAGAAGAAUGUCUUCCAUUCUGAAGUCCUGGUCGACAAAGACCUCAUGAUCAAUGCCUUCGAAGGAGAGAAUCGCGAGCACGAGAUGGGUGUUUGGGAGGCCACGAAGAAACACCCAAUGGCAUGCAUUUGGGCAUUCAUAAUGUGCUUUACAAUUGUCAUGGAGAGUUUCGACAUGUUCCUGAAUGGAAACUUCGUCGCCCUUCCAAGGUUCAAGUCAAAGUAUGGCGUUUUGCACAACGGCGAGUGGACAAUUCCGACCAAGUGGCAGAGCUCACUUUUUCAAGCCGGUCAGUGUGGUGCAUUCGUCGGCGUAUUCCUUGCAGGUCCGAUCACGAAUCGGUUGGGCUAUCGCUGGGUGACCAUUCUGGCAUUGAUAUUGAUGAACGCCACGAUCUUCAUCUCCUUCUUUGCCGAUUCGCUCGAAGUGCUAGUCAUCGGCCAAGCAUUCGAAGGCGUUCCUUGGGGUUUCUUCAUCGCCAACUCGCCAGCUUAUGCUUCCGAAAUCGUACCGAUUGCCCUGAGAGGCGCUUGCACCGCGACGCUGCAGAUGUCAUGGUCCAUUGGUGGCAUUAUCGUUGCUGCAGUGUGCUACGCAUUCAAUCAGCGAAAUGAUCAGUGGGCGUGGCGCGUGCCUCUUGCUUUGCAAUGGAUCUUUCCGACUCCGCUUUUGAUUCUCAUUUUCCUCGCUCCUGAGUCGCCAUGGUGGCUUAUUCGUAAAGGAAGGAAAGAGCAAGCUCUGAAGUCCAUCAAGCGACUUGGUAGCAAGACUGAGGCCGAGGCGCAAGAAAAGCUCGCCAUGAUGGAGCGCACCGUUGAGAUUGAAGCGCAAAUGGGCGGCACUCCUACCCUCCUCGACUUGAUCAAGGGCACUGACUUGCGCCGAACGAUUAUUACUUGCUUGGUGUACGCCUCGCAGAACUUCGCCGGUAAUCUCAUUGCUAACCAGGCAACCUUCUUCUUCGAGCAAGCUGGAAUGUCUACCGACUUCUCUUUCCAACUCAACUUGAUCAACUCAUGUCUUGGGUUAGUCGCCAACAUCGGAUCUUGGUUCCUGACCUCUUGGUUCGGUCGCCGAACCAUUUACCUAUGGGGAACAGCGUUUAACUUCACGUUUCUCAUCAUCCUUGGUAUCUGCGCUUCAAUCCAGCAGAACAGUGGUACCAAUUAUGCUCAGGCCGUGCUUGGAAUCAUUAUUUCAUUCGUGUAUGCAGGAACACUCGGUCCCAUCAGUUACGCCAUCAUUGCCGAGACGUCCUCGGUACGUCUUCGCGCUCUGAGCACCGGCGUCGGUCGUGGUGCAUACUACGUCGCAGAGAUCCCAAUGAUAUACCUGGCCUCGCAAAUGCUCAAUCCCACCGGAUGGAAUCUGGCUGGCAAGUGUGGAUAUGUGUGGGGAGGCACAGCUCUCGUUUGCUGGGUACUCGCAUACUUCUUCUUGCCCGAGCUCAAGCAUCGCUCAUAUCGUGAGCUUGACAUCCUGUUCCACCGCAGGGUGCCAGCCAGGAAAUUCAAGACCACUGUCAUCGAUGUCAAGGACAACGACUAGAAGUCUGAAAGCAGCAGAUGGCUGGCUGAGGUCCAUCUGGGCGUCAUCUCAUGUAAUCUCGGAAGCUUCGGUUGUGAGACGAAGAGCAGACUGGCAAAAUAGUCUAGCAGAAUGGCAUCGUUUCCGUUCGCG